AUGAGAUCAUGUCUUUCCAGAGAAAUCCCACUAAUGCCUUCAUUCUGUGAACCUGGUAUAUAUAGAGGGACGUUUCCCGCAAACGCCACUGUGCAGUCCAACAAAGACCUCACUGUCACCUCACAGUGACUGCACUGUCUCCUCUCCACCUCCAGGCUUGCAGCAGCAGCAGCAGCAAAGACGACCAUGGAUAUUACCAUUCAGCACCCCUGGUUCAAACGUGCUCUUGGACCCUUUUUCCCAAGCCGUUUGUUUGACCAAUAUUUUGGAGAAGGUUUUUUCGAAUAUGACUUCCUGCCUUUCUUUUCCUCGACCAUCAGCCCAUACUACAGGCAAUCGUUCUUCCGCACUUUUCUGGAGUCAGGUGUUUCCGAGGUGAGAUCUGACCGGGACAAGUAUACAAUCUAUUUGGAUGUAAAACACUUCUCCCCUGAAGAUUUGAGCGUGAAGGUUAUUGAUGACUUUGUGGAAAUUCAUGGGAAGCACAAUGAAAGACAGGAUGACCAUGGGUACAUUUCCCGUGAAUUCCACCGUCGGUACCGCUUCCCUUCCAAUGUGGACCAAUCAGCUUUUGCCUGCUCUCUCUCUGCUGACGGCAUGCUGACCUUCUCUGCUCCCAGGGUCCAGUCCAACACAGACCCCAGCCAUAGUGAGAGACCCAUUCCCGUAACCCGUGAAGAGAAGCCCGCGGCUCCUUCUUCUUAGGCUGAACCCACUGCUGCUGAAGCAUCCAGGCUGUCACCACUUGCAGGCCUCAUUCACAAAGCCAGUACAUAGAUAUCAGUGAAUAUCUAGAAGGAUUUCUCUCUCUCUCUUUUUGGUUCUAAUUUUUCUCUUGAAUGGAAUGAGAGGCUAGGAGAGCAGCUAGAGGAAUUUGAAGCUUAUCCCCCUCACAAAUACACACAUACAUUGCAGUGCCAUGAAAGACAUGGUGCAGGGCUGAUGUACUUGCUGAAGUGAUCCAGAUGCUGUGCUAGGUUUGAGAACAUCUGCCAAGACCAAAUACAGGGCCAACCAGAAAGUGUUAGCUCUCAAUUGUUCAACUUGAGUUUGUUGCUGCAAAAACAAUGAGGCAGAGUCCUUCUAUCCUAAAAUAAGUAAGAGGCAGGAAUGAUCAAGAGCUAAAAUGAUCAGUGGUGGGUGGAUUGGGGAGUGGGGAGAGGGCUUGGAUGGCACUUCGAAAGAAUGUACCAUGCAUUCCUUUAAACAAAGUAAAAGCAAAAAGGGUUUGGACUUUGUAGCAUUUCUUCUGCACAGCUGAUAUUUCUUAAAGUAAGACGUAUAUCCAUUUAGAUAACAUCUGCUCUAGUGUUGUCUUCCCUUAGUGGCAACGGAUGCAAUGACAAGCAUGCUCAUCGUGGUGCUGUGGCUUCAAACCCCUCCAAAGCUCUUCCCAGGCCUGCGUGUAUCACACCAUCUUCCUUAAACUUGCUGUAAAUCUAACAUAGCUCCACCUGUUUUACUGAUAUCUGGCACACAAUCUGAGAACUCAGUCAGUGGCAGUCAAUAAAGAAACGUGAAACAAGCAA